AUGACUCCUUCGGUGCACGCUGCCACGUUUUUCAUUCUCUCAACCUUUCAUUUUUGGCAUGUCUUCGCAGUCCCGGGCCUCCUCGGCGUGGGUGAAUCUGCACGCAUUCAUGAACGCGCCUUGACGAGCUGGGUUAUGAAAGGAUACGGAACCGAAUCGUCGUGUACUCAGGAACAAAUCGACCAAAUCGAGCCUGCAGUAGAGUACGCCAAGAUUCUAGCCAAGGCUGCCAUGACGGCUUUGGAGGAUGUAGGGACAUCGGGGGUGGCGUAUCGGCGCUGGUUUGGUGAGAACAACACUAGCGAAAACACCCUCGCAUCCAUCAAGGCAAACCAUUACGAAGCUGUGAUUUCGGGACUGCGAGCACCCGAAUCAGGAACAGUCAAGUCUGAAGACGAAGGCGGCCCGGACAAAUCAAGACUGGUGUUUUCCUGUCCUAAUUCGGAACAUCCCGUGUGCGAACCGAACCCCUAUGCAGGGACAGAGCCGAUCGCCGGCAUGCUCAAUGCCGGCGAAGUUUACGACAACAAUGUGAUGCGUCUCUGCCCCCCCUUUUUCCGCCAGGUCAGCCACUCGCAGAUGCUUGUCAACUGGCGAGAUUGGAAAGAAGGCGACCUGCGAACAUCAGCAGGCUUCACACUGCUUCAUGAAAUGCAGCAUCUUGAUGCGAUAGUUGGCAAACCCAAUCGUUGCGCUGACCACGCGUAUUCAGUUGCAGACUGUGAGAAGCUUUCUAGCGUUGAAAGACUGAAGAAUGCGCAGACCUUUGCAUACUUCGCGCUGGAUGUGCUUGUGGACCCACCAAGCCCGAGCAAGCCGUACAUCGUCUUCGCCGCGCCCAGCGCCCAGUUGCACUCCUCAAAGAUGGCCAGCAUCACACCGCCGUGGCAGGAGCCCUCGCGGAACGUCUUGUUUAAGGACGUCGUGGGCGUUGUCUGCCGCUUCGACUUGCGCAGUAGGCGUGUGCAUGAAGGCGAUGAAGUAAGGAUCGUUGCCACCGUGUUCACGAUGACGGCGAAGAAUUCAAAGGCAUGUCCUUGCUCGGCUGAUGAGGGGUCUGAGGAUAGGGUCUGGGUCAGACAGGGUUUUGCCGCACCAGGAUACGGAGUCGAAGUGCGCUAG